AGAAACUUUCUUCUCGUCCUUGCGUCUUUCCAACUUUCCCGUCAGAAAUACCUACCUCCUUUGCUUUCUCAAACCUCACCUCUCCCUCCAACCACUCACUCAUACACCAACCAGACCUGCCUCGACAUCGACCUUUCCUGACAAGAUCCCACUCCUACAGCUCAGCUCAGCUCCACUGCUUGCUCUGCAUCUCUCACAGGCCUUGCUCUCGAGCCUCCAACCGAAGCUCAAGCACCCACGAGCAGCACUUGCCAGUAAAUCCCAUUCGACUUGACUUCGCCGGGCUACGCGCUUCGACGAAUCAAUAGCACCAACCUUCUCAAUCAAACACCCACCUCUUUCUAAAUGCCCAAAAUGGCCCAAGUCAACGGCGACCUCCCGAGCGUGAACUCGGUUGCAAUCCAGCAUUUCCUGGACUACCCGGCUGUGCAUGAUAGCGUCGUCACUUUCAGGAACAACCCUGUCGGCAAGAAGUCCCUGGCCUUCAGCGAAUCUGCUUACAAGGCCUUCGCCGAGCCCCUUCUGCCCCUCUUCGCUCGUCCCUGGAACUACCUCCGCCCGUAUGCCGAGAAGGCAGACAACCUCGGCGACCAAGCUCUGUCAGCUGUUGACGAGCGCUUCCCUGUCGUCAAGAAGCCUACCGAGGAGCUCUAUGCUGGCGCUAGAGACAUUAUCGCUCUUCCCUUCCGCACGGGCUUCGAGGCCAAGGACCAUGUCCUCAAGACGUACAGCCAAGAGAAGAAGAAGAUCGGCAACGACAAUGUCGUCGCCCUUGGCAAGGCCGUCGUUAGCACCGUCCUCAUCUCUACCAGCGAGAUCAUCAUGUGGGUUGGCGACGUCCUCCACCACAAGAAGGAGGAGACCAAGGAGGUCGCCAACGAGAAGGUCAACAACUAAAUAGGCUCGCGGCCCCGUACGUGUACAAUCAAUUUUGGCUGAUCUUCCUCUCUCCUGUCCUCCCCCCCCUUUUCCAUAUACCCUUCACCCUCUCGCAGCCACUCUUGAACUAU